AUGGCAGGAAAAAGAAAGAAGUUUGCCAAGACAUCAAAGAAAUCUACCAACGCAACAACAACAGGUAAUGAUAACAAUAAUAAUAACAACAAUGACAAUGUAGAUGACAAAGUAUUAAAGAAGAGCAAAGCUAUUACAGACGAUAGUAAAAAUGUUUGGGGUCCAAAUACAAUGACAAAUGAACAUCCACAGGGUACAAAAGAUUGGUACACAUCGAUUGCAAAGAAUGAUGACUUUGAAUUCUAUUACAAGAAAAUGAAUUUAUUACCAAAUGAAGAAGAUUUUAAAAAGUUUAUGGAAUGGUUGGGUAAGCCAUUACCAACAACAUUCCGUAUCAAUAGAGCUAUUGGUGAAUCAUUGACCAAUGUAGUAAAAAAACAAUUACACAAUAUCAUUGACCAAUUACCAGAGAAAAUGAUUGUAGAUGGAGAUGUCGUAGAACCACCAAAACCAUUGUCAUGGUAUCCAGAUGAAUUGGCAUGGCAUUCAACACUCACCAAGAGAUCUUUUAGAAAGAAUGACCAAUUGGAAGCUUUCCACAAGUUCCUUAUGCAUCACAACAAUGAAGGUAAUCUUACUCGUCAAGAAGCAGUCUCAAUGAUCCCACCAAUCUUCCUCGACGUUGAGCCACACCAUCUUGUACUCGAUAUGUGUGCUGCCCCAGGAUCAAAGACCACUCAGAUCAUUGAAGCUUUACACGCCAAUCGUUCCAAUUCAAAUACCACCAUUCCAGAGGGUAUGAUCAUUGCCAACGAUGCCGAUGUCAAGAGAUGUUAUAUGUUGGUUCAUCAAACUGCUCGUCUUGGUUCACCAACCAUUGUCAUUACCAACCACGAAGCUCAAAUAUUCCCAUUGCUCUAUCUCCAAAAGGAGGGUGAAACCGAAAGAAGACCAAUGCUUUUCGAUCGUAUUCUCGCCGAUGUUCCAUGCUCUGGUGAUGGAACUCUUAGAAAGAACCCAGACCUCUGGAAGAGAUGGAAGGCAAGAGAUGGUGCCGGUUUGCAUCGUCUACAAUCUCACAUUGCCUAUCGUGCUGCCAAUCUCCUCAAGGUUGGAGGUCGUAUGGUCUACUCUACAUGUUCACUCAAUCCAAUUGAAAAUGAGGCUGUCAUUAUGGAACUCGUCAAUCGUUGUCAAGGUGCUGUCCGUAUCGUCGAUGUUUCUGCUCAGUAUCCAACUUUGAUUCGUGCCAAUGGACUCCACACCUGGCCAGUCAUUGACAAGGAUAGAGAAAUCUACCAAGACUUUUCUCAAGUACCAGAGACCAAAAAGAAGACCAUCUUCCCAUCCUUUUUCCCACCAACCGAAGAACAAGCUCAAAAGGCUGGCCUCAAGCAUUGUAUGAGAGUCUAUCCACACAUGCAAGAUACUGGUGGUUUCUUUAUCACCGUUUUGGAAAAGGUAGCUGAAUUACCAGAUCAAAUCGGAAAGAGAAUCAAAUACGAACAAGAGUUUGGACAAAACAAACAAGAUCAAGAUACAACUACACCACCAUUAAAUGAUGAAUCUUCAACCACUCCACCAUUAAAUGAUGAAUCGACAUCAACUACCACCACCACCACUACUACAACCCAAGUCAAAGAGAAAAAGAGCGCUGUACAUAAAUUCUUUGAAGAACCAUUUGGAACAAUCAAUGAAGAAUGUAAAAAGGACUUGGAUGUUGCAGAGGCAUUUUAUGGUAUCAACAAGGAAUUCCCUCUAAGAGAGCAAAUGUUGACAAGAAGUCAAGGAUCAAAGGUACUUUACUUUGCUUCCAAGCCAAUUGUCAAUAUCGUUGAAGGUGAUCGUAAUCGUAGAUUAAAGAUUAUCAACGCCGGUUUGGAAAUCCUCAAAAAGCAUGACGAGUUUGGAGAAAGCAAGUGCAACUACCGUAUCUGUCAAUCUGCUUCCCAAUGGAUUACACCAUAUAUGACCGUUCACAACACCCGUACAGUCAUCAUGUCACCAAAUGACCUUUUCACUCUUCUUCGUACCACCGAACCAUUGUUUACUCAAUUCCCAAAAAGCAUUGAAGAUCAAUUGGAAGCCUUGGAACACGGUUGCUUUAUUAUUAAAAUUGACACUUCAUUAAAGACGUCGUUGGAAGAUGCCAACAAGGACAAACAGGUUGAAACACCAAUGCAGACUGAUCAAGACGAUAUAAUAGCUCAAUCCAACGGUAUGGUCUUUGCAUCAUGGCGUGGAAAGAGAUCCAUUCAUCUAUUGGUACAAAAACAAGAGCUCCAAUUGAUGGCCAAUAUCUUUAAGGUUACCAUUGAGCACAGAAAAGGUGACGUCAAUCCAAAGAACUACAGAGUACCAAAUUCAUCAACUGAAUCCCCAACAACUGAAUCCCCAAAAAAUGAAUCCUCAACUGAUGCCGCUACAAGUGACACUUUAUAA